AUGUUCGCAAAGGUCGUCAUCUUCUGCGCUACUCUCGCAGCUGCCCAUGCUUCCCUCGUCGGACCUUUGGGACUCGGAGCUCCAGUCCUCGCUGCCGGACCUCUGGGUUAUGGAAAAGGCUUGAUUGCCGCCCCAGCUGUCGCUACUGUAUCCACACAACGAACCACCAUUAAUCACGUUGCUCCAGCUGCACGAAUUGCUGCCGCUUAUCCUCUUGCCGUUGCAGGACCUAUUGCUGGAGGUCCAGUUCUCGCUGCUGGACCUUUGGGAGUCGGAAGAGGAUUGAUCGCCGCCGUCCCAACCGUUGCCACCGUCUCUACCCAGAGAACUGCCAUUAACCACGUAGCCCCAUCCGCACCCAUUGCCGCUGUUGCUCCUCUUGGAUAUGCUGCUGCAGCUACACCAAUCGCUCUUUCCAAUGGAAUCAUCCCUGGUAAUGGAAUCCUCGCCAACGGUCUCGUCGCUGCACAUGGUCUUGCUGCUCCCCUCGCUAUUGGAAAAGGUCUCGUUGGUGCCGGUGUUGGACGAAUUACUUUCAGAAAAGCCAUUCUGUAA